AUGAAGCACGACGCCGCAUCCCCGCCGACGCCCGCCAUGGGCAACACGCCUCGCCGUUCCCAUUCCCAUCCGCUCGCCUACCUCUCCUCCAGACGAGGCAUCGUCGUCCUCGCCAUCGCACUCUUCGGCGCCUAUGCACUCUUCUCUCACCCUGCCGCACCUGCACCUUCGGCUUUCGUGCCGCAGACGAUCAAGGACAACUGGGGUUGGAGGGCGGCGGAUGAGCGGUGGGAUGCGAAUCAGGCGAUCGAGGUGAACCGGAUACCUCCGAAGAAGGAGACGAGUGUGCUGAAGGACGGCGGUGCAGCUGGAACGGCGGAAGAGGUCAAGCAGGAGAAGGAGGUGACCUGGUUCGUUGCGGAGGACAAGAAGGCGAAUGCGGCGCCGGCAAAUCCGCAUGGUUCGUCUCGGACAGACGACGCAGACGAUGAGCUUGGCCUGUCGGGAAGUUCGUCCUCAGCCAAGGACAAGUUACAGGAUCAGGCGAAGACGGCACCGAAGCAGGUUCGGCCGUUCGGCAAGGCGCCUUCGGCUGAUUCGGGCGAUUCAAGCGCACACAGCGGUAGCAAGAGUGGUGCAGCACUCGACGUAUCGUCCGGUUCGAAGGUAAAGGACAAGGCGGCGGACAACGACUUUGACGACGAAAUGGCGGGGUCCGCGUCUUUCUCGCCGGACGAGAUGGCGCUCGCGGAUGCGCCAAACAUGGCAGCGAUGGAGGACGCGGCGGCUCGCGCCCCGAUGGCUGCGCUGCCUGCCAAGUCGAGCGAGGCGAAGGAGGAAUCGACUACCUCGUCGCAAGGCGGAGCCGUCGCACCAGCAGGCACCAAGGUCGACUCGCACGCCGCCUCUCGCGUACAAGAGUCCGAUGCAUCACUCGAGCCUGCAAAGGAGGCGCCAGCACCGGCAGAGGAGAAGAAGAAGCCUCUCGCAGCGGUAGCCGGCCCGCUCUCGAAGCCGAAGAAGAUCGGGACGGGCGGAAGGGUCGUCAAGCCUGAGGACGUUGAGAUUGCGCCGAAGCCGGCGCAGCGAGUAGGUGCAGGCGCAAAGGCGGGAGCGGUCGUACAGGAAGAAGCGGGGCGGAGGGUCGGGACGGGCGCGAGACCGGGAGCGAAGGGGAUGGGGACGCGCCGAAGGCUGCGGAGGUGGCAGUAG